AUGGCGGGCGCCCGUGGACCCGGCAGCGCCGCCCCCCCCCGCAGCCCCCAGGACCGGCCCACGGUGCUGACCCGCGCGGACGGGGCCGUGCCUCGGUGCACCCAGGUGCCACCCGAGGGGGGGUCGUGCCCCCCGCUCCUGCACGUGCAGCACCCCGGGGUGUUGGUGAUGCGAACUCGGCUGCCCCCAGCGCACGGUCUCCCCGGGUUGGAAUGGGGCCCCAAAGACCCCCCCGGCCGCGACAGAGACCCCUCCCCUGCUCCCGCCGGCAGCGACCCCCCCGCACCGCCCCCCGGCGCUGCGCAGCCCCCCAGGCCCCCCCGCCGUGAGCCGGGGGAGGUGGCUCAGUGCCUGCGGCAGCUGGAGAGGAUCCAGGAGCUGGAGCAGCAGCUGGCCCGCGAGCGGCACCGCCUGGGGCUGUUGCAGGCGCAGCUCCUCCGGAGGGGCCCCCCCAGCACGGGCCUCCCCGGGAAGGGCCAGGCUGGGCUCCCCCCGAUUUGGGGUCCUGCAGCCCCCCCCGAGGCAGAGGGGGACCCCGAGAUGCUGCUGCCCCCCCCAGGGCACCCCUGGGAGCGUGGGGGGCUCUACCCAGAAUUGGAGUAUUACCGGCUCAGCACCGCGCGGCCCCCCUACACCUACGCCACGCUCAUCCGCUGGGCCAUCCUGGAGUCCCCGCAGCGGCAGCGCCCCCUGGCGGAGAUUUACCACUGGUUCAGCCGCAGGUUCGGCUUCUUCCGGCACAACACCCGCACCUGGAAGCCCUGGGACCCCUGA